GGUUUAUGUCUAAAUAUAAACUGAGUGACAAUAGCGUUUUGUUUUCGUGUCAAUUUCUUACAGCAAGAUAUCACCCUUAAACACCACACCUUCUCUUCAUUCACUCAUUCAUCACCUUCUUCUCGCUCUCUUCUCUCCACACACACAUUUGCAUCUUCCUUUCUCUCUAGAAUCUUCCAUCGCCAAUGGCUACCGCUACCGAAACCAAUCUCGCCAAUCUCAAAUCCGCUGUUACUGGAUUGGAUCAAAUCAGCGAGAAUGAGAAAACCGGAUUCAUCAACCUCGUUUCUCGUUACCUCAGUGGUGAAGCGCAGCAUGUAGAAUGGAGUAAGAUCCAGACGCCAACUGAUGAAGUUGUUGUGCCUUAUGAUACUUUGGCGCCAACUCCUGCUGGUUCGUCGGAUAUAAAGAAUCUUUUGGAUAAGCUUGUGGUGUUGAAGCUUAAUGGAGGCUUGGGGACAACUAUGGGUUGCACUGGUCCAAAAUCCGUCAUUGAAGUUCGUGAUGGGUUGACAUUUUUAGAUUUGAUUGUCGUCCAAAUCGAGAAUCUCAAUUCCAAAUAUGGAAGCAACGUUCCUUUGCUUUUGAUGAACUCAUUCAACACCCAUGACGACACUCAAAAGAUUAUUGAAAAGUACCAAAACCAUAAUAUUGAGAUCCAUACAUUUAACCAGAGCCAGUAUCCUCGAUUGGUUGUUGAUGACUUUUCGCCAUUGCCUUCCAAAGGGAACACCGGCAAGGAUGGGUGGUACCCUCCUGGCCAUGGAGACGUCUUCCCAUCAUUAUCGAACAGUGGAAAACUUGAUGCACUAUUAUCACAGGGUAAAGAGUACGUGUUUGUUGCCAAUUCAGAUAACUUGGGAGCUAUAGUUGACUUGAAAAUUUUAAACCAUCUGAUCGAGCACAAGAAUGAAUAUUGUAUGGAGGUUACUCCCAAAACAUUGGCUGAUGUUAAGGGCGGCACUUUGAUUUCUUAUGAAGGAAGGGUUCAGCUCCUGGAAAUUGCCCAAGUCCCAGAUGAACACGUCGGCGAAUUCAAGUCAAUAGAGAAAUUCAAAAUUUUCAACACAAAUAAUUUGUGGGUGAACUUGAAAGCAAUCAAAAGACUUGUCGAAGCUGAUGCUCUUAAGAUGGAGAUUAUUCCCAAUCCAAAGGAAGUUGAUGGAGUAAAAGUUCUUCAGCUGGAAACUGCAGCUGGUGCAGCAAUAAGGUUCUUUGACAAGGCUAUUGGGAUUAAUGUUCCUCGAUCCCGGUUCCUUCCUGUGAAGGCAACUUCAGAUUUGCUUCUUGUCCAGUCAGACCUCUACACCUUGGAAGAUGGAUCUGUCAUCAGAAACACAGCUAGGGCUAAUCCUGAAAACCCUUCCAUUGAACUGGGGCCAGAAUUUAAGAAGGUUAGCAACUUCUUGAGCCGCUUCAAGUCAAUUCCUAGUAUUGUUGAGCUUGACAGUCUAAAAGUGGCUGGCGAUGUGUCGUUUGGAGCUAGUGUCAUCCUCAAGGGGAAAGUCAGUAUCGUAGCGAAAUCUGAUGUAAAGCUGGAAAUUCCCGACGGAGCCGUAAUUGAAAACAAGGAAAUUAAUGGCCCAGAGGACCUGUGAAGAAACUAAUGAGUUUACAAUGACUGUAUACAGUCAUGGCAAUCUUAUGUUAUUUCAAUUAUGUAUUAUUGAAGUUUGGUAGAAUAGGGAAAUAAGAAGGCACUUUUUGUUGGGAGUGUUUCAGUAUGGAGCCUUGCUAGUUGUCUUGUGAUUAAGGUCGGCUAUGAGUUCUUCCCAUUACAUAAGUUUUCAUGCCAUUUUGUGUAACAACGUUAUCCAUCUGAUUUUGUCAUCUUUUCUGUAAGCAGUAUAAUGCAUUCUCUUGCUAUAAGUUGUUUAAUAUUUUUAUUUUUUUGAGAA